UCAGUAACUUUGCUGGAGGCUCAGACAUACUAUCUGUGUUGAGACUGAAGGGCAAAGAAUUUGAGAGAAGACAUGAAGCAAGCAGGUCAGUGUCCUUAUAGUUCUGGUGGAAGCAGCCAGGAGACCUUUGACAAAUUACACACCAAAUUUCAUAUAGUGAGGACAAUCUGGCUUUCCAGUUUCCACGAAUAAAGAUACAAACCACUUUGGGAGGUUGUCCAGGAAGCAGGUCAAUCUGCUUUUCAAGUGACAUCAGAACCUCUAGCAAAGCCAAGCUAGUGUCAUUUCUUAUCCCCAAAUCCUGUGUGCUCUGUAUGUCUGUGUGCGUAACGUGCUCUGCUUUUCUUAAGGGUACUCUCUAAGCCAAAUCUAUUUUAGGAUUCUCCUCAAAACACUGUAGUUUAGAUCCAGUUUCAUGACUAGCCAGGGUUUCUACAUGGGGCAAAUUAAAACUGACAGCUUGGGACAAGGCUGUAAAGACCAAGUCUACUUGACUACCAGCUGUAUUUCCUGAUCCAGAGGAGAAGUGCUUUUCUGCUUCCCUUUCCUACAGUCUCCAGAAUGGGCUAUAUAUCCAUUAAGCGAUUAAUGAGAGAAGCAAAUUUACUCUGUUUGCUCUACCACACUUAGGAAAAUCAGCCCUCACUUUCAGAGUCACAACUUCACAUCUCAGGAAAAAACCUUGCACUGCAUCACAGUUGCCCUUAGGAGGCCCGGGAAGAUAGUCUGAGCUGGGACAAGAUAAACUGUCCCCAUGCUGCCUGCAAGAGCGGCAAUGCUUUGGCACCUUUGUUCUAGCCCCAAGAGCAGGGAGGGAAUGAUUGGUGACAAAGUACACCCAAGAACACUGCAAUAUAUCAUCUUAACAGAAAAACGUGCUGAUACAAGUGCUAAAUUUAUCACAUAUGAUUAGGGGUUUAGUGCUCACAGUUUAAACAUUAAUAUUUGCCUAUUUAAUCAAUGUGCCCUAGUGCAGCCUGGCCAUAGAUAUAGUCAUCAUGACUGAGUUUGGAGACCUCAUAAGUGCUGUGGGGGAGUUUGGGCUAUACCAGAAAUUGCUGGUACUGCUCAUCUCCCUCCCACUGCUUCUUAAUCCUUUCCAAAUGAUUGGCCAAGUGUUCAUGGUUUUGGAUGAGCCUCAUCACUGCAACACCAGCUGGAUCCGUGCUGUCGGUCCCAACCUGACGGAGGAAGAGCAGCUGAACCUCACCCUGCCUCGAGAUGCAGAUGGGGAGUAUGAGCAGUGCUCCAUGUACUCGCCGGUGGACUGGGACCUCGAUUCCAUUGUGGCGUACGGCCUGAACGCCACGGAGAAGUGCAGCAGUGGCUGGGUGUACCCUUCAGCACAAGCACCGUCUCUGCUGACCGAGUUUGACCUGGUGUGCGACAGGAAGGACCUGAAUGACGUCUCCCAGGCAAUCUACAUGGUGGGACUUCUCCUAGGAGCCAUCAUCCUUGGGCCACUAAGUGACACAAUAGGCCGUCGGGCAGUCUUUCUGAUCUCCAUGCUCAUCCAAGGCUUGUUUGGUGUAGCAAUCGCAUUUGUGCCCCAUUUCUAUGUGUACAUGGCCUUCAGAUGUGUCGUGGGGACUGCGGAGUCAGGAAUUAUGAUUACUGCUUUGGCCUUGGCUACAGAAUGGGUCGGUGUCUCCCAACGGUCAAAGGCAGUGCUUAUUUCUCACUGCUUUUUCGCCAUUGGUCACACUAUUAUCCCUGGCUUGAGUUAUGGUAUUCGCAACUGGAGGCUGCUGCAGAUUGCAGGAUCUGCUCCAGUGUUUGCUCUUUUCUUCUACAUCUGGGUGCUCCCAGAAUCCGCCCGGUGGCUGGUGAUAAAAGGCAGGAUAGAAGAAGCUAAGAAGGUCCUUCAGAAGGCAGCAUCCAUCAACAAGCGCACCAUCCCACCGGAACUCCUGGAGCAGUUGAAGCCUGAGACUCAGCCCAAGCCUGGAAAUCCUCUGGAUCUCUUUCGGAAGAAGCACCUCCUGAAGGUGACUUUAAUCAUGUUGUGCACCUGGUUUGCAGUCAGCCUUGUCUACUAUGGGCUGAGCCUUAGUGUGUCAAGUUUUGGUCUGGACGUCUACCUGACACAGCUUGCCUUUGGAGGAGUAGAGUUACCAGCUCGAUUUUCCUGCAUUUUCCUGCUGCAGUGGUUUGGGAGGAAGAAGACCCAGGCUGUUCUCCUGCUGCUGUCUGGCCUGAUGUGUCUCAUCAUCAUUGGCAUUCCUGAAGACCAGGCCGUGGUGACCACUGUCCUGGCUGUCAUCGGCAAGCUUACUGCCACAGCCUCCUUCUCCACCUCUUAUGUCUACUCCGCAGAGCUCUUCCCCACGGUCAUCAGGCAGACCGGCGUGGGGCUGUGCUCGAUGUCAGCGCGGCUGGCAGGGACCAUGGCACCCCUGAUGCUCCUGCUGGAGCGGUUCCACCCAGCCAUCCCCAUGGCCAUCUUCGGCAGCACCCCCGUGGUGGUGGGGCUGUUCUGCUUCCUGCUGCCCGAGACCCGCGACACCGAGCUGGUGGAUGACAUGGGGAUGGAUGACAUCAAGGGGGUAACCCCCCAGAUAAGCAACAGGAGUCCGGAAGCUUUGUCCAAGACAGACGCCACAGAGGGUGGAGUAGACUUGGAGACGGACAACUGCGCAUUCUUGAAGAGCAAGUGAUGAAGGGACAGGCAUAUACUAAAGGUCUUGCCUAAUCCAACUUUUCUUGAAGCAGACCCAUGAGGCAUUGCUGUCUGGAAUCUGGUCUUUCAGAUGAUCAACAAAAUAUUUGUGAUCAGAGGGAGAGGAGAUCUGUGUCACUCUGUGUUUGGAAACAAUGCACUUCAAACUGUUCCUGAAGCCCAGUCUCUUAUGCCUGGCUGUGUGAGUCCUCCCGACGUGUCUCCCAGUCCUUUGCAAACUGGUACCCGUGGAACCAUCCCUGUCGUGUUUUACAGCAAUAAAGAAUCGCCAGUAGAGUGGUAGUACUGGGCAAGCGAGCGCCGGGCUGUGUCCCUCCUGCACUAGUCGCUCGGGCCGUCGACCCUCCUGUCAGUCCGAGCCUUCACAUAGGAGUGAGGCCCUGCUCCUACACUUACACCCUCACUUAUAUUUGUCUGUGUUCAGGUCACAACUUCUCGACCUUCAUUUCCCCCUUGGAGGAGACCCAGGUUCUAUGAUUCUGUGACUCUAUGUAUCACAACAUCCCCCACUGCUGAAGAAGCUGGUCAGGCAGGGCCAGAGAUAUUUAAGGCAUGGAGGGCCAGCAGAGCCUGGCCUGGCCCUGUUCCCUGAGGUGAGGAACUAUGGAGCGAAACAGUUUCUCCUGUUGCCAGAGGAACCCCACAGGGACCACCGAGAUAAUCAGCGCAUCCUUGGUGACAGCGACAUCAACAAACCCUGACUCCUGGAUGUGGGGCAGAGGAAUCAGGAUCCUGAACCUUGCCUUUUGACUAGAGGACAUUGUCCUCUUCUUCCUCCCAGCCCCAUGCUGGGAAGUCCCCAGAUCCAUGACCAAAGCAAAGCUUGCAGGAAGGGAUCCAGCAGAAAAUGGCUGAGGAGUGAGGAGGAGCAGCAUUAAUGCUCAUCUCUUGACUCUGUGUGAUGAGUCACAGAAUUGUAGAGCUGUGGAAUCACUGAGGUUGGAAAAGACCUUUAAGAUCAUUGAGUCCAACCAUUAACCUAGCACAGCCAAGGCCACCACUAAACCAUGUCCCUAAGUGCCACAUCUACACAUCUUUUACAUACCUCCAGGGAUGGUGACUCCACCAGUGCCCUGGGCAGCCUGUUCCAAUGCUUGACAACCCUUUUGGUGAAGGGAUUUUUCCUUAUAUCCAAUCUAAACUUUCCCUGGCUCAACCAGAGGCUGUUUCCUCUUGUCCUAUCACUUGUUACUGACCCCCACCUCGCUACAACCUCCUUUCAGGUAGUUGUAGAGGGUGAUAAGGUCUUCCCUGAGACUCCUUUUCUGCAGACUAAAGAACCCCAGUUCCCUCAGCUGCUCCUCAUAAGACUUGUGCUCUAGACCUUUCACCAGCUUCUUUGCCCUUCAGUGCUAAAGCCCAGAUCCUGCAAAUGCCCUGCCACAUCUCCAGCCAUGGCCAGUCCCCAUGUAACACUGGGGAGAUUUUGUGCAUUAAAGCCAAAACACAAAGUGAAUAUCACCUCCAAGCAUGCCUGGCCUGGACUUGGGACUCCCCAGCCUUCAAAACACCAUGUACUGCAGCACAUAGCAGUCAGAAGCAAAAGGAUGCUACAAACCUGAGUGACCAGCCUUCUUCUUUGACCAAGAGUAGUGCUGUGGUUUGAAGAGAUAGCUUCAUGAAAAGGUGCUGAAUAUAUUCUCUGCUUGCAAACAAGUAGUGCAGGAGAGUAAGCCACCCUUCUUUUUCUUUUUGUGACACUGGAUGACACUAAAAUACUGUGGGUCAACUGGCAGCAGCCAACCAAGGUCACUUGUAAAGGCUGGCCAUGACUGGGAAGAGCAGUCCAGAUGUCCACUCAGUUUAACUGUGUCAUGGUUUAAACCAGCUGGCAACUAAGAAUUGCAUCAUACACCGCACAAUUUGGGAAGCUUCCACAGCCGCUGGUAGAGAAAUUAAAUAUAGAUCAUCCGUCUGAAGAGUUGGAAAUAAAAGAAGUCCUAAUUGAACUCA